AUGGAUCAGCUCCAGCCGAAACACUUGGACACCUCGCGAGGCUUUCGCUAUACAUAUUACUUUUCGCAACCCAAAGCGGAUGAUGCGAAACCGGCCAUUCUCCUCUGCCACGGCUGGCCAGACAGUGCCCACCUCUGGAAAGAAAUAGUCGAUCAUAUCUUGAAGUCCAAACAACGCCUCAUUAUUCCGGACCUGCUCGUCUGUGGUGGCAGCUCCAGACCGACAGAUCCGAUAGACUUCGAGAUUGGCGCCAUGGUUGCAGAUGUCAUGCAGGUAAUUCAGGCUGAGAAGAUUGAGCAAAAUAUCAUUCCCAUGGGCCACGACUGGUCAGUAUCAUCGUAAUACCAGCUGUUUGGGGCCAUCUUACUAGAGCGUACUCAAAGGGCUCAUACUUCGUCACACGCUUCUACCUCUUCAACUCCGCUCGUAUGGCAGGCCUCGUCACCUUCAACGUAGCUCUGCAACCAGCUCGCAGCGAACCCUUCGGCCUCGCCAUCGCCAACAGCAUGACCGAAAAGGCUUUCGGCUGCCCUCUCUAUGCCUACUGGGAGCUCUUCGCCGAUCCUAAGGGACCCGGAGAAAUCAUGACCAAGAACCCUCAAAGUGUCUGCCAUGCCAUGCACGGCGCUUCCAACGACUGGAGGAAAACUAUCUUCUGUCUUCCGGGAGCAAUUCGCGAGUAA